CAAACAUUUAAUGCGAUGAGGAUGACAUAAAUGAAUAGUAGACAUAAUAAACUGUCGAAGUUAACACGUCAGCAAUGCUUCGAUACAUUAUAAAGAUAGUGUUACUUAGUUUCACAUUUGAGAAUGUAUUUUGUGAUACAAAUUAUAGACUGAACACUACCAUAACACCAUCAGAGUACUCUGUCUUAAUAACACCAUAUUUUGACACGGCUGAUGAUAGAGCAUUCACCUUUGAUGGAGAAGUUAAUAUUAAAUUUACAACAGCAGCAAAUAUUACUCAAAUAAAACUACAUUCGGAGGAUUUGAAAUUUUCUGUAGCAAAUAUAACUAUAACUGGUGGAGCAUUGAAUUCAGUUAAUGAUCUGCAAUUUGAUGAGAAAUAUACAUUUGCACUUAUAAAUUUAGAAAAUGAAUUGCAAACUAAUAUUGUAUACAAUUUGAAGAUAGUUUACGUCGGUCCAAUAAGAAAAGAUUUGAAAGGAUUUUAUAGAAAUUAUUAUUACCAAAAUGGAGUCAAAAAAUGGUUGGGUGCAACUCAGUUUGAGCCAACGCACGGCAGGAAAGUUUUCCCAUGCUUCGACGAACCGUCGUUGAAAGCUGUUUUCACAUUGACCAUUGACAGGCCUGCCAGCUACAAACAAACACGGGCUAAUACAAAAUUACAAAGUAGUAUCGAUCUACCAAAUGGCUACGUGCGGGAACAGUUUUAUCCGUCUCCUAAAAUGUCAACAUACUUGGUUGCGUUCCUUAUUUCGGAGUUUGAGGCAACAGUGAAUAUGAACGGAUCGAAUGAAUUUGGUGUGUACACUAGACCAGAAGCUAAGAAUCAAUCUGACUAUGCUUUUGACUUUGGACUAAGGGUUGUAAAUGCCCUGGGAAAUUAUUUCGGAAUCGACUAUUAUUCCACUAACAGCCAAAUAGGAUUGGAUCAUGUCGCGUUGCCAGAUUUUAGUUCAGGUGCUAUGGAGAACUGGGGUUUAGUGAAAUACAGAGAAGCUUUACUCUUGUACGUGCCGGAAGUUUCAACUCCACAUUACAAGUACAGGGUAGCUCAGAUAAUUGCUCACGAAACAACACACAUGUGGUUCGGCAACCUUGUCACAUGCCAUUGGUGGAGUAACACUUGGCUUAAUGAAGGAUUCGCUAAUUAUUUCCAGGACUACAUUACCGAAUUGAUCGAACCAGCUGUAGGAGCAGGUGACAUGCUUGUGACUGGAUCAGUGUAUUCCGCUUACGAAGCAGACGAUUCUCCCGAGGCUCCCGCUAUCACUAACAAUGAAGUUAACUCACCCGCCGAAAUUAGCGGACAUUUUGGCACAGUAACGUACCAAAAGGCUGGAUCUGUUAUCAGAAUGAUGCACCAUCUAAUUGGAGACGACGCUUUUAAAUUUGGUUUGAACGAUUAUCUGAGAACCAACGAAUUUGACGUUGGUUAUCCUGAUAGAUUGUACACGAGUCUACAUAAUGCAGUUGUGACUUACAACUCGUUAUCGGCAUAUCCAGAAACUGAUAUAACAAGUGUUAUGAGUUCUUGGAUAUCAAAAUCAGGCCAUCCAGUGCUACAUGUUGAUGUCAACUACGAGGAGAAUAAAAUUACUUUAACGCAAAAACGUUUCUUCAUCAACUCUUCGAUUGAAUCAGAUGAAUUGUACAAGAUACCAAUAACAUUAACUACUGGUCUGCAACCGAACUUCAAAAAUACUAAACCAUCGUUUAUAAUGCAUAAUAAAACAGAGACUAUUGAUGUACAGGUUAAAACUACAGAUAAACAUUGGGUUAUUUUUAAUUUACAAGAAACAGGUUUAUACAGGGUGAACUAUGACAUGGAAUCUUGGAGAUUGAUCGCUGCUGCUCUGAAAGGCAAUGAUCGGGAAAAGAUUGAUCAUCUAAACAGAGCUAAGAUAAUCAAUGAUUUAUUCGCUUUUCUUUACGCUGACGAAGUGAAAUUUGAACUUCUGUACGAGGUGCUGGAAUUUUUAUCCGAUGAAACACAUUAUUCGGUCUGGAAUGCUGCAAUCCGGGGUUUCAAUAAAUUGCGAUCUUUCUAUCUAGGAUCGGAUGCUUUAGAAAUCAUUGAAGAUUAUGGACUACAGCUAAUAGAUAACAUUAUUAACAAAAUCGGCUACGAAGAUAGAGCGUCGGACGAUUUUGUAACCCUAAGAAAUCGCGCUCAAGUAACAGAAUUCGCUUGCAAGUUGGGACACCAAGGAUGCGUGGAUUAUAGUCUUGGAUUAUUUAAGAGACUCAAAGAGAACGGAACAGAGAUAUCUCCUAGUCUCAGAGUCGCUGCUUACUGCACCGGGCUACGAUAUGGCAACGCUGAUGAUUACGACUUCUUGUGGCGACGCAUGUCCACCCACAAUGUGGCCAAUGAAGCCAGGACGAUUGGCGAGAUUCUUGGCUGUACAACUGAUAAGACUCAGCUUAAUAGAUUUUUAGUUUCCAUGCAAGUAGAAGACAGUCCUAUAAGGAUACAAGACUUGACAGUCCCCUUGUCGAGCGUUCUGUCUAACUACAAGAACGUGCCUGUUGUACUUGAAGCUUUGCAACAGAAUUUCACGCUCUGGAAUGAAAUAUACACAACAUCAAUAGACUCAGUGUUGUCCACUAUUGCCACAAGCUUGCGUACUGCCGACGAAUUUACGAAGUUCGAGGAUUGGUUGAAUUCGUGCAGUCAAUGCAGCGAACAGGCGGUGACCACGGCACGAAGGGGUUUGGGCAAAGCUCGCGAGACUGUCGCCUGGGCUGACAAACAUAAAGCCGAUAUUAUGAAGAGUCUUAAGAGUCUUGGAACAACUAUCAAUGCUUCCUUCGGUAUUAUAUUAACUGGUGUUAUGUUCUCUAUGUAUGCUAAAUUUUAAGAAUCUUUUAAUGCGUUUAUGUUGGUAGCGGGGGGGCAAGUGUACUCUAGUUUUUAACGUUCCAACACAAAUAAUGAAUACUACGGUGUUUAAUGCAGAUUUAAAUUUACUUCAUUAUUAAG